AUGGGGAGUGAGAGGCAGGAAGGCGUCCUCUUGAUACCGGGCUUGCCGGACGAAGUGGCCAUGGAUUGCCUGGCCAGGGUCCCCUACCGAUUCCACUGCGGCCUCCGCAGCGUCUGCCGUGGGUGGAGGGACCUUCUGGGGAGUCCUCUGUUCUACAGCCAGAGGCGGAAGACUGGCAAAGGGGAGGCCUUGGUGUGCCUCGUCCAGGCGCUCGUCCCUUCUUCUUCGGCAGAGGAAGAAGAAGAGGGCGGGGCCGAGAAGGCGGGGGAGAAGAAGAAGAACGCCGCCCGUGCGCCGCCGUGCUACGGCCUCUCCAUUUACAACAGCACUCUCGGCGAGUGGCACCGCCUGUCCUUCCCGCCAGCGUCUGGACUGGCGGUUCCCCUCUUCGCCCAGUGCGCCGCCGUGCAGGCCUCCGGCAAGAUCGUCCUCAUGGGCGGGUGGGAUCCGACUUCCUUCGACUCAGUCUCCGAUGUCUACGUCAUCGACCUCGUCACCGGCCGCGGCCGCCGCGGGGCGCCGAUGACGCCGGCGAGGUCUUUCUUCGCCUGCGCAGUCGUCGGCCCGCUGGUGUAUGUCGCCGGCGGGCACGACAACCAGAAGAACGCGCUGAGGACGGCGGCGGUGUACGACACGGCGGCGGACGAGUGGCGGCCGCUGCCGCCGAUGGCCGACGAGAGGGACGAGUGCCAGGGGGUGGCGCUCGCCGGCGAGUUCUGGGUGGUCAGCGGGUACGGCACCGACAGCCAGGGCCGAUUCGACCCGGCAGUCGAGUGCUACGACCCGGCGGCGGGACGGUGGCGCAAGGAGGAAGGCCUCUGGACGGCGGGCGACGGCCUCGGCGGCGCCGUCGUCCCUCCGCGGUCCUCCUGCUUCGUCCUGGAGAAGCUGUGCCAUUUGUACUGCAACGAGGAUAGGAGAGAGAUGAGGGAGUACGAGGAGACGGAGAGGAAGUGGAAGGUGGUCGGAGAAACGCCAGCGACUCUGAGGUCGAUUCCUUGCGUGGCGUCGGUCACCGGCGGCGGCAGAUUGUUAGCGGUGGGCUCCGACGGGGAGCAUCGGCACAGUGCGUGGCUGAUGGAGGGGGCGAGCAGGAAGUGGACCCAGGUGGAUACCCCCGCCGGCUUCGCUGGUUUCGCCUACUCCGCCUCCUCCAUCCUCAUCUGA